AGAUAAGUUUUAAUGGGUGGAAGGUCAUUAACUUUGACCACGCGUUGAAGUCUCUUUACCGAUCGGUUAGACCGCUUAUAUACAGUCACGUGUAAUAAGAGAGAGAAUCGUCGAGAGAUGUCGCUCCGUGUGCUAUCGCAAACUAUCGAUUAUCGUAGGUGGAGGCAACGUCGGCGGGAAAAUCAAUAUCCCUUACUACGCGCCGGCGAAUACGCCAUUUCUAUCGUCAAAUGAACGCUGCUAUCGACCUAACGUGUCUACUACACCAAACGCGUUCGACAGUUUAGACGUUGUUUAUUGUUUAACAGUACACCUUUACGGUACAUUCGAUAAAACGUUUUAAACGGAGAGUUCGAAUAAAAAAAAAAGAAAGCAAAGUAAAGAAAAGAAGAAAACAGUUACGAUGUUGUUACGAUAUUAUCGAGAAUUAAAUAACACCUUUAUGAUUAUUCGCAAUGAUGUUUCCAUACGUGGUGGAACAUUUGUUUAAUUAAACGACGUAAUACGAGAUAAUCAUCUGUACUUAUUUGUCUCAACUUGGACCGAUUUAAGAGACAUCUGAGGGAAUAAGAAGAAAAAAAGAUUAGAAAAAGGGGCACAGAGAAAAAUCGCAUAAUCGUCUGCAUUGCGGAUUAAUUUGGUAAUAUCGAAUCUUGAUUGGUUAGUGAUUCGAUCGAUAAAGUGUUGAGAGGUUGUCAUCGAUUGGAAGAGAAGGAGAGAAAAGAGCAAUAAACAAAAUAUAAAAAGCUAGAGUUUUAAGAGAUCUUCUAUGCGGCAAGAACCCCAGAGCGGCUUGAAAACGCGACCUCCGGUCGAUCACGGUGGUCUUCAUCACGGCGGGGUCAUGCUCGAGGAGGACAUGGCCGGUGCCCAGGACACAAUUUACCUUUGCAAUUUUCGGGUGUCCGUUGACGGCGAGUGGCUCUGUUUGAAGGAACUACACGACGUCGAGUUUUCAUUGCAAGACUCGAUACAACGUUCACCUUCGCCACCUUUACCUUUAAGUGGUAUUGAUCAUCCUCCUCAUCGUCGUCGGCAACAGCUGUUACCCGAGCAGCGGGAUUUUCGCGAUGCAUUGCCGCCAAGUCCACCGCCGCCAUUGCGUCACGUCUCAAGCUUGUCACGAGAUCCUGUUAUCAUCGAAAGGAGUAAUCUUGUUAACAUUUCUAAAUUGAUCGUGAAAGAGCUCAUCGAAACUUCAUUGAAAUAUGGCCGCAUGCUCGAUUCGGAUCACAUGCCAUUGCAACAUUUCUUCAUCGUUUUAGAACACGUACUGAGGCAUGGUUUACGACCGAAGAAGGGUUUACUUGGACCCAAGAAGGAGCUUUGGGACAUCCUUCAACUUGUGGAGAAAUACUGUUCAGAAGCACAAGAUAUUACAUCCAGUAUUCGCGACUUGCCGACGGUUAGAACUGCCAUGGGUCGGGCACGUGCCUGGCUUCGAAUGGCACUCAUGCAAAAGAAGUUAGCAGACUACCUAAAGGUUUUAAUCGAUCACAAGGAUGACAUUUUGUCUGAAUAUUUCGAACCAGAUGCUUUGAUGAUGAGCGAGGAAGCUAUUGUGGUAAUGGGCUUGUUAGUGGGUUUGAAUGUGAUCGAUUGCAAUUUCUGCGUAAAGGAAGAAGAUCUCGAUUGUCAACAAGGUGUGAUCGAUUUUUCGUUAUAUUUACGUAAUAGCAAUCAUAUACCUGGAGAAUCACCUGAUGACGAGCUCGAAAAUGACAACAUGACAACUGUCCUUGAUCAAAAGAAUUACAUCGAGGAACUUAAUAGACACUUAAACGCAACUGUGACGAAUCUCCAAGCAAAACUUGAAUCUCUAACUACUACUAAUGCACUCAUGAAAGAAGACUUAUCUAUCGCUAAGAAUAAUUAUUUAUCGUUGCAAGAAGAGAACAGACAACUUAAAAAAGAAUUAGGCAUAGAAAUUAAAGAUGCUAAUGAGAAUGGCAAGGCUCCUAUUAAAAUAACCGAAACUACAACGGAAAUCGAAGAACUUCGAAGUAGACUCGAAACUGAGAGAAAAUUGCGACAAGACACGGAAAAGGAAUUACAAUUACAGAUAAGUAUGAAGUCCGAGAUGGAGGUGGCGAUGAAAUUGUUAGAAAAAGACAUCCACGAGAAGCAGGAUACCAUAAUAUCACUUAGGCAACAACUAGACGACAUCAAACUGAUCAACUUGGAGAUGUACAAAAAAUUACAGGAAUGCGAAGCUUCCCUUAAGCAUAAGACAGAACUGAUCAAAAAACUGGAGGCUAAAACACUCUCGAUGACCGAGACAUUCCAGAAACUGGAUGAACAGCGCAAGGAAUUGGACGGAGUUAAAGCAAGGACCGAAGAGAAGGCUAAGGUCUUAGCUGCCGAGGCUGCUGAGAGGACAGCACGAGCUAAGGAUUUUGAGAGGGAAUUACGUGUUGAAAGAGAAUGGAGAACUUCCUUACAAGAAUCAUCGAUCUCAAACACUGAAAGGAUUUCUCAAUUGCGUCAAGAAAAUGAUCAACUUAAACAAAUAUCCGAAAAAUACGUAACGUUGCAAGAAGAACAUUACGCGUUAAAGGAAAUCUGUUCGGAACAAGAAAGAACACUGGAGGAACUUGGAGUGCAGUUGAGUGCAGCGAAAUUGGCGACUGUCGAAUUACGCGAAGCUGCUGACAAUGCUCAACGACAGUUGCAGAAAGAUGGCGGCGGGACUGCAUGGGCGGACGAUCGACAGGUAACCCAUUGCAAGGGUUGUAAUCGUGAGUUCAACAUCACUCGUCGUAAGCAUCACUGCCGUCACUGUGGAAAUAUAUUUUGCAAGAACUGUAGCGACAAUUCAAUGUCAUUGACUGACAAUUCUAAACAAGUACGAGUAUGCGACGAGUGUUACGUUUUGUUGGUUGGUCGAUACUCCGUUAUGCUUUAACGCGUCUACUUCAUUUUACGAGAUUAUCGAAGGUGUAAAAUGGAAGGAAGAAGAACAAGAGAAAAAGAAAGAGAAGAAAAAGAAAAAGAUAAAGAAAAAUAUAAAACGCGAAGAAAGGAGAACCGGAAGGAAAUAUCAUAGGAAGAGAAUGGUGGUAGGGUGAGGAGAGGGGAUCUCUGAUGGAAUAAGACGCCGCCUUUUACCAUCUCAACCCAUUUUCAUUGUCUAUUCUUCUCACGCAUUUUGACGGACGAAAAAGUAGGAAUUCGAGAACUUUGCUUCUUGAUAUUUUCUAACGUUUACUUUUCUACCCCUUUCUCCCAUCCCCCUCUCUCUCUCUCCCGCCCCUUUUUUGUUCGGGGAAACUUUUUCUUAUACAAGUAUAAUACUUUUCUAACCGAGUAAACCGGGUUGUAACAAAUUUUCUACAAUUUUCGUCUAUCUACCAAGCCGAUUCUUUCUAUAUUUUUUUUCUACCCCCUCCC